AUGUUGUCCGGUAUUAAGAACCUAACAAGAACUGCACCAUCUAUUAGAACAGGUCUACGAUUAACCAACACAAGACUGUUCAACACGAACAAGACUCCUGGUCCACCAAAAUUACCAAAGGAAGAACAGGAAGAAUUUGAAGAGCUACAAAAGUUAGCAAACUCUCAGGAUGCCAUCGAGGAAUACAACCGUCAAGUCUCUAGUGAUUCCACUAGAGAGAGUUUAAACAACCCAAUCUUAACCAAAAAUGAUAUUGGAGGCUUCUCACCAGAAUUUACCAAAACUAUUCCUGAAUUUGAAGGAAAUGUUAAUCCAAAGACUGGUGAAGUCAACGGUCCUAAACAAGAUCCUCUAAGGCAUGGUGAUUAUUCAUUUAACGGUAGGGUUACUGACUUUUAA